AGUCCAUGGUGCCGCGCCACUCUAUUUUGGCCCAAUGGGCCGUGUAUCCAGUUGAGCCCACUUUGGGCGCGUCCUAGGGUUGGAGGUCGUCCUCCCAGUAUUUACAGCCCCAGCAGCCGCCAUGGGAGGGUGGGAUUUUGUUUUCGUGAAAUAGUUGUCACUACUUCCCCUGGAGCGCACGUGCUGAUCUAGCCGCCUAUCUUCUUGUAUUCAAAACCCCAUAUUCGAUCAAUCCAGAUUGAGUUCUUGCUUUCCCCCUUGCGAUUUCAGUGCUUGUUUACUUGUUCUUGCAAUUUCUUCGAUUUGCUUGCAGGACGGGUGCCCUCGUGGCCGGUGUCGUGCAUCGCAAGGGUGCAGCGACUAGGGAAGAGGUGUAUCGAUUGCUAAGGCGCAGCGUCUCUGGAUUGCUGAAGUCGGACCACCAACGCCUUCUCUCCCCCUCAAAUCGAGUUAUCCAGUUCGUCCUCACCGAAAGAUCGGAAAAUCCCCCCACGGGUUCUCAUCAGUUGGUAAUCAGAGCAAAGUUCAUCGGUGAACGAUUUCCUUUUCCUCGCUGUUUUACUUUUCCUAUAGUCUAGAAAAAGCCCAAAAAAUUAGUAGAUUAGUUUUUUCGAGAUCCCAUAGACCCUUUGAGCCUUUACUAGAACUGCUUGGUUAGGACUUAUUGAGUCUUCGGUUGCGUUGGGUUGUGUCAAGUUGCCGAUAUUGGUUAUUAGUCCCAUAGAGUUUUGAGUUCCUGUCACCAUCUAGUCACUUCCGCGCACCUUUUCUCCCCAUCUGCUUUUCUCACCAUCAUGUUCCAUUCUGAUCUGUGUUGAAGACCAAGUGCGAUUCUACAAAUAGGUGGAGUUCGGCCAUCUUCUUUUUACCUUUUUACCCCUACUCUUUCCAAAAAAAAGUGUAUGUGCUGAUUUUCUGAAUUGCAGUCCUUUGUUCAUAUAAUCAGUUUUUGAGUGUCCCCUAAAAAAAAGAAAAAAAAAGAAAAACAAAAAGAAACAAAAAAAGAGAAGAAGAAGAAGAAGAGAAAAAGGGGCUGAUUCCUCCUUUGUUGUUCCUGCUGUUUUGGUUGGUGCUUUGUGGCUUCUCUUAUAUCUAGGCUCACGUCUCUAGCACAGUCUAGGAUAGGACCAGCACAAGACAACCAUCGAACGAUUACUUGCUUUUGUGAGUAACGUGGUGCUAGUAUUUCCUUGUGUUCUUUUAGCCCACCUACAGCUCCACAUACUCGAUUUUCAGCUUUACAGGAGUUGGUGCUGCAGCACCGAUACACUUUCUUUCUAGUGCCCGACUUGUUAUUGCCGACCCUCCUGUGAGCAGGGUAAGAAUUGGUAAGAGCUUGUACAAUAGGUUGAGAGUGAGAGAGCGCCACACACAAAUUGCAUCCAGUAGUUGUAGGGAAUUUCCUACUUUACUUGUUUCCUAUUUGCUCUUGCACCUUUUCCAUGGCAGGUUCAGGCAAUGAGGAAGAGGAUGAAGGAGGUCCGCUUACACCUCGCACCAAGGGCAUCAUGCAGCAUUUUCAAAAGUGAGGGAGCACAGCGAUGGGAUUGAUAAUGAUUUGCAGGUGAUAAAUGAGAAGAUUGUGCAAAUAGAGGCCACGCAGAUCUCCAACAACACCAAGCUGAUUAUUCUGCUGACACUGAAGAAGGAGGAUCGAGAUCGGAGACGUCGACGCCAUAACCGUCGAGGUAUGGGUGGACCGCGUCCACGUGAGGUACAUAAUAUUGACAAUGCUUUCAGUAAGAUAAAAUUUAAGAUACCCUCUUUUGAUGGUAAAUAUGAUCUUGAUGCUUAUCUUACUUGGGAGAUGGCUGUUGAACAAAAGUUUACUUGUCAUGAUUUUACUGAAAAUGCAUAUGUUAGGGCUGCAACUAGUGAGUUCACUGAUUUUUCUUCCAUUUGGUGGAUAGAACAUGGCAAGAAAAAUCCUAAUAACAUGCCACAAACUUGGGAUGCUUUGAAAUGGGUCAUGAGGGCUAGAUUUGUUCCAUCUUACAAUGCACGUGAUCUGUUAAACAAGCUGCAGCAAUUAAAACAGGGUACUAAAAGUGUAGAAGAAUACUAUCAAGAGCUGCAAAUGGGUAUGCUAUGCUGCAAUUUAGAGGAGGAUGUGGAACCCGCUAUGGCUAGAUUUUUGGGUGGGUUAAAUCAUGAAAUCCAAGACAUCCUUGCAUAUAAAGAGUACACUAACAUAACCCGUUUGUUCCAUCUUGCUUGUAAAGCUGAAAGGGAAGUGCAGGGACGACAUGCUAGUAUGAAGACUAAGAUUUCUACAGAGAGGAAUUUUUCCACGGGGCCACGUUCGAGCAUUCUAUCAACUGGACAUGCUGCUGCACCGUAUUCAUCAUCAGCUCGAACAAUAGCCCCACCUUCCAGCGACAAGCCUUGUGACAGCCCAGCAAAUUCAGCAGCAAAGACCGCACAAAAACCUGCUGCAACCACUUCAUCGGUGGCAUCCACGGGCAGAACAAGAGACGUUCAAUGCCACCGCUGCAAGGGAUUUGGACAUGUCAUGCGUGACUACCCAAGCAAGUGUGUUUUGGUGGCCAAAAAUGAUAGUGAGUACUCAUCUGCUAGUGAACUUGAUGAAGAUACACUUGCAUUGCUUGCGGCUGACCAUGCAGGAAGUGAGGGCUGCCCGAAAGAACAUAUUAAUGCAGCUGAAGCCGACCGCUAUGAGAGCCUCAUUGUGCAGUGCGUGCUAAGCGCACAAAUGGAGAAGGCAUAGCAAAAUCAGCGGCACACAUUGUUCCAAACAAAGUGUGUCAUCAAAGAGCGUUCGUGUUGUGUGAUCAUCGAUGGAGGUAGCUGCAACAACUUGGCCAGCAGCGACAUGGUGGAGAAGCUUGCGCUUACUACCAAACCUCACCCACAUCCAUAUUGCAUUCAAUGGCUAAAUAAUAGCGGUAAGGCAAAGGUAACCAAACUUGUGCGAAUCAAUUUUGCCAUCGGCUCCUAUAAAGAUGGUGUUGAAUGUGAUGUUGUGCCAAUGCAAGCAUGUAGCAUUCUGCUAGGAAGGCCAUGACAAUUUGAUAAAGAUUCUAUGCAUCAUGGUAGAUCAAAUCAGUAUUCUUUUCUAUACCAUGGUAAAAAGAUUGUGUUGCAUCCAAUGUCUCCUGAAGAAAUUCUAAAAGAUGAACUUACUAGAGCUAGUAAUCUGAAGAAUCAGGAACUUAGUAAAAGUGAAAAUCAGAUUGUGACAAACGACCUUGAGAAGCAUAAAAAGAACAAUGCCAAACAUGUUUAUGAUAAUAAAAAGGAGAUCAAGCUGAAAGGGUCAUGUUUCAUUGCUACUAAAUCUGAAUUGAAUGAGAUUGAUGCUACCACUGCUGUUUGCUAUGCCUUGAUUUGCAAACAAACUUUGUUUUCACUUGAGGACAUACCUUCUUCCUUGCCUCCUAUUGUCACUGACCUUUUGCAGGAAUAUGCAGACAUUUUUCCUAAGAAGGUGCCAUCGGGGCUGCCGCCGAUUCGUGGGAUUGAGCACUAGAUUGACCUUAUUCCCAGGGCCUCCUUGCCCAACCGUGCUCCAUACAGAACUAAUCUGGAAGAGACCAAAGAGAUUCAACGCCAAGUGCAAGAAUUGCUUGACAAAGGUUAUAUCGAGUCUCUUUUCAUGGCUAUGUUGUGACACAUGCCAAAAAGCUAAAUCACGCCUUAAUCCUCAUGGUUUAUACAUGCCUCUUCAUGUUCCACACCAGCACCUACACCGGCAGCUGCGACAUGCCCAUCAACU